GACUUUAUUUGUCUUAUUAGCAGGCUGAUGCUCAAUCGCACAAGAUGUGAUGACCAUCUAUUCAAAAUUGACAUAGUCAAUAGCCUUUCAUGUACAUCGCCAUAAGACCAUGGAAAUCAAAUUUUGCACACCUAGUCAUAUCGGUGUAUUGGGAAACGACCAAGCUGAUCGAGCGGAGAAGUCUGCUGCUUCUGCACCUCUAUUCUGCACCUAUGCAUCCAAAUGCUUAUCAUCACUGCACGUUAUUGGUGAAUGCAAACAAAACCCAUUUAGGAGAUUCUCUUGUUAGAGAAGAGGCAACUUAUAUAGGCAAAGCCACGGCUUCGAAAAAGUCUGCCAUUAAAAAUUUAUGUGAUGUUAAUAGCACCGUAAAUAUAGCGCAGCUACUGUCGGAAAUUGGUUAUGAAUUUUUACGCACUUCAGCCACAGAACUGGAAGAUGGCGGCAAUAUUCAGACCAUGAAACAGAGGGGAUUUCAACUCAUAAAUCCAACAGAAAAGUGGUUUCCAGAAAUUGAUGUUUUGCGUCAUGAAUUUAGUUCUUGGGAAUGGAUCGUUGGAAAAACGCCUACCUUUAGCGUUGAAAAAGAAUUAGCUCUGAAGACGGACGGCGAUAAACAGUUAAUAAUGAAAUUGAGUGUCGGCGUCGAAAAAGUAAGAAGUGCUCCUAGCUUUUGAAAUCCUGUUAACAUCCUCUGUUUCCUUCUUCAGGGUUUAACGGCCGAUAUCAACAUUGUGAUGCCUAAUGGGGAUAGAUUGCCGGUUAUAACCCAAUUCCAAAACAAAAGCUUUAACGAGAAAAAUUUGAACAAUAUAGUUGGCGCUCUUAAGUUGGCUUCGACGGACAAUGUUAAACAAGCUAUUAAUGGCUUAUAAGGGCUAUGUCUAAAUUGUACUUUCGACAGCUUUAUGUUUGUUUACUUUUACGACAAUUUGCGAAAAAUAAAGAUGCAAUGUCUUCAUUUACUUUUUUUUUUAAACAUUAAUUAUUCCUCUUAUGUAAGUUAGUUUCAAACAGAUUUUCUGCA